AUGUCGCAAGAAGAUAGCGGGGGACAUGAGCAAAGUAGUGGAGGGCCUGAUCAAAGCACAAUUAUUCGAGCUAUGCAACAACAAUUUGAGCGAAUGAACAUGGUGCUCAAUACGAUUAAUGACCGGUUGGAGAGGCAUGAUGAGCGGAUUGACCUGUUGCGACAAGCUCCCAAUCAACAACCAAGGAGGAACAAUAACCGACAACCAGCACCUACUACUGAUCCAUUUGAUGGCCACGAGGAGAGAUCCUAUGAUGAUGAGGAUGAUGCAAGAGCGAUCCCGAUAUUUACAUCGAAUGGGAAAGGAGGGUUGAACUGGUUUUUGAUUGUCACAAACUACUCCGAGGAGAAGAAGGUGAAGCUUGCAGCUGUGGCAUUCACCGACUAUGCCAUAGUUUGGUGGGAUCAAUUGACGGUGAGUAGACGCCGAAAUGGAGAGCGACCUAUUGACAAUUGGGAGGGCAUGAAAGCUGUCAUGCGGAGGAGGUUUGUCCCAUCCCAUUACUACCGGGAUUUAUACUUGAAGCUGCAGAAUCUUAAGCAAGGGUCUAAGACCGUGGAGGAGUACCACAAGGAGAUGGAGAUUGCCAUGAUUCGCGCCAAUGUUGAGGAGGAUCGAGAGGCAACCAUGGCUCGGUUCAUUAGUGGACUUAAUCGGGAGAUUGCCAAUAUUGUGGAGCUCCACCAUUAUGUGGAGCUUGAAGAAUUGGUGCACAUGGCUAUGAAGGUUGAGAGGCAACUCAAGAAGGGGGGACGAUCGUCAUCCAGGUUCGAAUCCUCUAAUUCGAAUUCGAAGUGGACUUCCAAGUUUGAAGGGGCUGGACCUAAAUGGACUGGUUCGAAGCAAGAGGAGAAGGCCAAGGGAAACAAGCCCGCAACCAAGCCAUCAUCUGAUUCUAAGGAGAGGGAUGCCGAUAUUCCACCUUUCGAAAUCUCUAUCUUGGACGAUCCGGGAUUUGAUUCCAUAUCAUUGUUGCUGGGUUCCACGACGGAUUCGACGGGGUUCACAUCACUCGUGCCCCGACUCGGGUCCCCUCAAAUUGGGCCCGGACUCGAGUCAAGGCACGUGAGUACUCGCUAGACGUCAAUUCUGUU